CAAGGGGCUUCGGCACGCGGGGCCAGAAGCAGGCCUCACCCGCGCUGGCAGCCCUCCAGACACUGAGAAAGAAGAACAGUACAAUAGGUUGCCAGACUCUCCUGUCUCAUAUCCAUCCUGUGCUGGAAUUUUGUUCAGUUGUAUGGCAUACAGGGUAUGUAGGUGAUAGGUACCGACAUGCUUGAGAGAGUCCAACGACGAUGGACCAAGGAGAUUGUUGGACUUUCGCAUCUUGACUGUGCCUCCCGACUGGAUGCCUUGGGUCUCUUUUCUGUGCAUGGCAGAUUGCUUAGAGCCGACAUAGUCAAGGUCUGGAAGAUUCUCAAUGGCCUGUCUCCUGUGCAACCCUCAUAUCCUAAGCAUCUUGAAACUAUGAUGAUCAGGUCGAUCUCUGAAGGAUACCCAUGAUUAAAGUUUUCAUUAGUGAAAACUAGAAUGAUUAAGAAAAUUCUCAUUUUUUAAGAUUAAUGCUUAAGACUUUAUAAUGGAAGGAAAGUACAAGAGGAAUGUAGUUGGGCAUUCAAGGUCACAUUCUGAAAUCAUGUAUAAGACAUAUGAGGCAAGAGCUGUGUUGUAUAAACAUGCGUCAUGUCAAGCUACCUCAGAUCUUAAUUGUGAGGUCAUAGUGCCCAUAAUGUUUUGCACUAUGUUCUCCCCAUCAUGUGAAGCUUCCGUACAGGUGGAUCUUCCUCUAAGGACUAGCAUUAAUGUUUCCAUCAGUGCUCCUACUUCAGUUCCUUCUCUGAACACUCCAAGCAAAGAAUCUGAAAGGAUACCAGAAGAUCAAACUGUAUCAAGAAAAAGAAGAGUGCAUUCUAAAAGCAAGGCCAUUAAAGAACGGAGUAUGAAAUAUUCCAGAAGAGCUAGGGAUAAAGCAAGUCCUGAACAAGCACUCUCAGACAGUCAAGAAUUUGAUUAUGCAUCACCACCUUCACCAGAACAAGAUUAUAUCGACAAUGACCCAGACAACAGUGAAUUUAGUUCAGAUAAUGAUGUUACCUUUUGGAAAAAAGUGGGGAAAUGUAGAAAACAAAAACUGCAGGCAUCAUCUGCAUUUGAAUUUCCCCUCAAGUAUCCUCCACACAUAAGUAGUUUGAAAUAUGAUAAGUCAAAAGGCAGUUCAGGAAGCAGCCAGAUACUAAUCAAGAGUUGUGAGAGUCAGCAAGCUACUUUGUCAAGGGAGGGUGACAGUAAGUUAGAUGAAGCCAAUAGUUCAGUGAUGGAGGCUGGAGGUGAUGAUGACUGGAUAACUGAUGAUGAGGUGGAUGAGGAGGAACUUGAAAAUAUUGACAUUGAGAUGGCCUUCAAAAGAGAGUAUAAGGAGAGACGUCUGCCACGCAACACCAAGGAGAAGAACUUUAUGUGCGACAUUUGUGGCAAGCAGUACUCAAAACACAACUUGCUAAGAAAGCACGUUGUCAGACAUCAUAAGGAAGAAGACGGUGCAAAGCUGUUUCCAUAUUCUUGCCAGCAUUGUGAAAAUGUCUAUAUUACGGAGAGGCAGUUGUUACACCACCAGAAGCAACCUCCAAGACCAUGUGAAGUGUGUGGAGUAAUAUUUAAGUGCAUUGGUCUGCUUUGGCCCCACAGACGUGACCACAACAGUGUAUGUCAAGUGUGUGACAAGGCAUUUUCAGGGAGAAAUUCACUUGUCCAGCAUAUGAAGAUAGCACACCAAGAAAAAAAUAUUCCAUGUCCUAAGUGUGAUAAAAUGUUCUCAUUUGAAUCAUUCAAGAAUCAACACAUUGCUAAGGCACAUCCUGAAAAACCCUUGCCAUACCAGUGUGACAAAUGUGAUUUUAGUGCUAUGAAAAAAGUGUCUGUCAAAAUUCAUCAGAAAAAGGCUCAUACUGCAAAGCCUCCUCAGUAUACUUGUAAAGAUUGUAAUAGUAAGUUUACCUGUGAAGCAUCUUAUAACACUCAUGUUGAAAACCAUAUUAGUAGAAGGAGCAUUGUUUGCCAUUUAUGUUCUCAGAGAUUUAUAUCAGAUGAAGAAAUUCAGGUCCACAUGAAAUCUAAUCACAAACCAUCAACUAACAAAAAUAAUGAAGAAAACACUUUGUCCAGCCCUUUGUACAACGGUGAACUCCAGUAUUCCUGUGGUGUAUGUAACAUUAUUUGGAGUGAUGAGAAACAGCUAACUCAGCACAUGCAGCAAUUUCAUUACAUGGACAUUGAGACUCCUAGAGACAUCAAGGUAGAAAUUGAGCACGUUGAGGCACCAGAAGCUAGCCUUGGUUCUGGUAGUGGGGUGCAAGCUGUGAAUAAUGGUGAUUCCAAUCCUCAGAACUCUGACUGGCUCAUUAAGAAUGAGCCAACAACCUUGAAAUUUUCAACAGGACUUGACUGUUCUGAUGGUGAGUCUGCUCUGCUUAUGCCAGCUACUGCAGUGCCUCCAAAUAUAAACAUGGUGGACAUAAAUGGAGUGCACUAUCACGUCAUCAAGGGGAGUCAAUGAUCUUUACCAAUGACUCUAUAUUCUAUUACAAUCAGCUUUAAGUAAGGAUAUAUAUAUAUAUAU